AUGAAAAAAAUCGCUAAUCUGACCCAUAAACAAGAGAGAAUAUUAUUAAAAAUAGCCAAAACCGGCAAAGGUGAGGCUAAAAAAAAAGCUAUCUGGCUAUUGAUUUAUCACAACCAAAAGAUAGUUAAGUACAUUGCGAAGGGUUAUUCUUCUCUGCGAGGGAAAGUUGAGUAUGAUGAUUUAAUUGACGAAGGAAUUAGUUCUUUGCCAAAAGCGAUAGAAAAAUUUGAUAUGAAUGUCAAGUACCGCUUUUCAACUUAUGCUAUUUAUUGGGUUAAACAGUUUUUUCAAACUUUUAUUAACCAAAGCCAACUUAUUAAACAGGGUCCUAAUAUUAAGGAAAAAAAAAAUCUGGUUUUUUAUGAUAGUAAUUAUCAAGAUAACGAUAAUGAUAGCCAAUCUUAUUCCUUAGCCGACACUUUAAAUGAUAAAGAAAAUUCUGAACUUGAUGUCCGACAAAUUCACCAAAAAGAUAUUGUAAUUCAAAUCAAUAACGCCAUUAAUUCACUAGCCAAUCGGGAGGAAAUUUUAUUAGUCAGAGCAUGGCAUAAAAUAGCACCAACCAAUUUACUUGAUAUAUAUUACCUAGCCACCGAGGAGGAAAAAGAAGAAUUAAAAAAGAAAUUAAAGUUAAGCGAAAAAUUUAAUCCCGACCUACUGCAAAAACACUCUUUGGAAGAAAAAAAAAAUAGCGAUUUAACCAUGGCUAAAAAAUAUUUGGAAAUGUUUGCUAAAAAAUAUAAGUCUUCGGAGUUAGUUGAUUUGUUGAAUAAGUCGGAAAAUGCGAUUAGAAGGCUAAAAAAAGAAAGUUCUAAAAAAUUACAAAAAAUCGCCCAAGAAAGAAAUCUCCAUUUCCUAGUCGGACAAAAUAUAUAA